GGUAUCUACCGGAGCUGCUCACCCACGGGGGAGGGAUGGCAGCCGCUUAAUUACUGGGGUAGCGUUAAUUAAAGCCGGUCGGGCUGGGGUAGUAUCACGGAACUGUGCGCCCCUCGCCGCGCCCCUCUCUUUAAACCCUCGGCCGCCCGCCCAUUGGCUGGUUAUGUCAGGGCCAGCCAAUCAGCAGCGCCUUCGCCUCGGGAGGACGUUACCGCCUACUCCGCCGGACUCGACUUCCCAGCGUGCAGCGCGUUCGACAGCACUUCCGCUUCCGGUCCGUGGUGGUGAGAGCCGCCAUGGCCCUGCCGGAGUGGCACAUCGCCGUGAAGCUGGCCGAGCAGCCGCUGGCGCCCAAGGCCAUCCUGCGCCUGCCGGAGACAGAGCUGGGCGAGUGCCCGCUGGGCGGCUGCAGCAUCUCGCACCUCAAGCAGCUCAUCACGGGCAAGCUGCAGGAAUCCAUGCCGGACCCCGAGCUCAUCGACCUGAUCUACUGUGGCCGGAAGCUGAGGGAUGACCAGACCCUGGAUUUUUAUGGAAUCCAGUCUGGCUCCACUGUCCACGUCCUGCGCAAGUCCUGGCCUGAGCCCGACCAGAAACCGGAGCCCGUGGAUAAGGUGGCAGCAGUCCGGGAGUUCCGUGUGCUGCACACUGCACUGCACAGCAGCCCUGCCUACAGAGAUGCUGUCUUCAAGAUGCUGGGAAACAAGGAAUCCCUGGAUCAGAUCAUUGUGGCUACUCCCGGCCUCAGCAGCGACCCCGUGGCUCUGGGAGUUCUGCAGGACAAGGAUCUGUUUUCCGUGUUUGCAGACCCCAACAUGCUGGACACGCUGAUCCCGGCCCACCCUGCGCUGGUGAACGCCAUCGUGCUGGUGCUGCACUCGGUGGCGGGCAGCACGCCCCUGCCAGCCCCCGACACGUCCUCGCGGGCCAUGGCCCUGGGCUCCUACCGGGACAUGCCAGGUGGCUUUCUCUUUGAGGGGCUCUCUGAUGAUGAGGAUGACUUCCACCAGAGCACGAGGUCCACCCCUUCCAGCAGCGCGUCGGGCUCGCGCCCAGCCUCGCUGGGCUACGCGGGGGCGGCGGGGCCGCGGCCCAUCACCCAGAGCGAGCUGGCCACCGCCCUGGCCCUGGCCAGCACCCCCGAGAGCAGCUCCCACACGCCCACGCCGGGCACGCAGGGCCACUCCUCCGGGACGUCCCCAAUGUCGUCCAGCGUCCAGUCGGGGACACCCAUCACCAACGACCUGUUCAGCCAGGCCCUGCAGCACGCCCUGCAGGCCUCAGGGCAGCCCAGCCUCCAGAGCCAGUGGCAGCCCCAGCUGCAGCAGCUGCGAGACAUGGGCAUCCACGACGACGAGCUGAGCCUGCGCGCCCUGCAGGCCACCGGGGGGGACAUCCAGGCUGCCCUGGAGCUCAUCUUCGCCGGGGGCGCCCCCUGAAUCUCCCUGCGGGACUGGUGAGUGGUGCUGGGACAGCAGCCUGGGGCUGGCUGGGUGCUGGGGACGCUCCUUGCGUCCUCUCCUCACUGAGGGCACUCCCCAUCCUCUCUCCAGCCUGCUCAGGCCCCAGCACACAGGAGGGAGGAGGUGGCUCGCUGCUGGGGACGUGGCCCCUCUGCUGUGCAGUGUUUUAUCUGUCACCACUCCCUGCCUGCUGUUCCAUUCCCCCUGCAUUAAACAGACCCUGCUCAG